CGUUAAUGUAGAUACUAUACAUCUAGCAUAUCAAGGCAGCUAGGUUGUGCUCUUGAAUGUAGCUGCAGUCAGCAAUGCGACGCCACUGCAUGAAUUCCUGGAGCGUAUUAUCCCACUGGAAACGGUCGGCCGCGUACAGAGCAGAUGGAUCAGGAGGAGAUAAUGGCCGAGAAGACCAUUGCAUACGCAGCGGCGUUUAGAGAUAUUUAGGUGACGUGGCCCGGCUUUGAGCCCUUGUUCUGCUUACCAAGUGAUAGCGUUCAACUUAUUCGAUAGCAUGAAGCCACGCCCAUAUAUGAUGGCUCUGACUUGUUUUGAUAAGCUCCCAUUUCCCCCUGUCGCGUAUCUAACAACCCUCCCAACUCCAUGUCUGGUCGUGGCUUCGCCAACUCCCAGUCGAUAUCUCCAGUCGCCAAACGGUCAGCUUGUGACCGUUGCAGAAGCCAAAAGCUCCGCUGUACCCCAGGGCCGGAUGGUAACACGUCCUGUGCAAGAUGUAUCCACCUCGGGACAGAGUGUUCCAAGAACUAUCCGAGGUUGAUGGGUUUCGGUGGGAAAGUCUCUGAUGGCAUUGAUAUUAGGGCCCGGGCACCAGGCUGUCAUUCACCACAGUCUGGCCAUCAGCUGCCAGGCUUUGCCUCUCUUGCGAGCACAUAUCCGCCACCGAGGCCUUCCAUUGGCACACACUCUCAAGUUGAUGUUCAAUAUGAGCUUCCAACGAAUAUCACAGAAGAACAUCUUCUUGCCAAUGUCUCUGACUAUGGCUCAAUCUUCUCUGACACAUCCAUACUCUUUGAUGCUGUCCAGAUGGAAAAUAUGGAGGACACAAUGAACGACAUAAACUCUCCAAUCCAUGGGGCCAGAUCGAACACCGCGUCACCGGGUCGUAACAUGGACUUAAUUCGUGCCCCUCACCCAAAAAGACGACCAAGUCGAACUUCGGAUGGACAUUCGGUGUCUGAGAUGAGUGAGAAGGGCCCCAGCCUCGAUCAUGACACUCGCUUACGCAGGCUCGGAAUGAGUUUAUUGCAGCAACAAAAGCAGCAUCAGAUUCUCACGUCAUCAGCUACCCAUAAUAACGCAGGCGAGGCAGACCAAGAAGAAGACGCCAUGGCGAUUGCAGCCGAUAGAAUGCCUUUGAUGCCAGAAAAUGAAACUUCCUUUGGUGAAGCCUUGGCAGCCACUUCUGAAUUCUCUAGUAUUCUCCGCUCGUAUAAUACGACGAAUUUCACUAGCCAAUCAGCGUCUAGGUCGGUGUUAAGCGUCGUUGUUACGCUGGAUGUAAUGUCGGCUUACCUGCAAAUCAUUGAUAUCCACGAGAAUCUCUUUGCUGGCCUCCACCAACAGCUAUGUACCAGUGCUGGACAAUUAACCACAAGCCUGCAAACGCUCCCCGGACUUAGUCUCGCUGGCUUUGCGGUAGAGCAGGGCAGUCUGCAAACCAAGAUUCUCUUGCAGGCUGUGAUUCAUCAGUUUGAGACAAUCGAACGCAUCCUCGGACUUCCCGUAGAGCUUCGGGUCUCCAAUCGUAAAGACACAUACAUGGUAGGCUUACUAGAUGGAGAAUGGGGUAGAAAUCUGGUCAAGGCACUCAUGGGUAGCGUAUUGUCUCAAAAUGACUUGCGUGGGAUGAGUAAAUUGGAUUCAUUGCGAAGAAAUAUUGAGAACGUCAAAAGAUUCCUAGAGCUAUGAUACGCAAAGCUGUAUUCAACUCUGCGUUCAGCUAGAUACCUGACAAAUCUUCACACAAUACAUAAGCAUACAC